CUUACAAGUUAAGAACUCGACAAGCAAUAAAUAAACUUUACAAAUUCCCAAACACAUAAUUCGAAAGUUCCACUUGAUUAUUCAAAGUCAAUGCCACUGCCAUUUUUUUCCUCUUUCAUACCCCCAUUUCUCAUGUAACAAACAUUCAUCAACCACCACUUGAAUCCCUAAACCCUAAAGAUGAUCCUUUUCAAAUUGUUCCAUGUUCCACUAAUAUUAAUCUUAUUGUUUCAACCCCUUUAUUUUGCUAUAGCUGAAGAUGAUAUAAAAUGCUUACAAGGGGUCAAGAAUUCCUUUACAGAUCCAAAAAACAACUUAAAUUCUUGGAACUUUGGUAACUCAACAGUGGGGUUUAUUUGUAAAUUUGUUGGUGUUUCUUGUUGGAAUGACCGUGAAAAUCGACUUAUAAACCUCGAACUUCGAGACAUGAACCUAGGAGGUAAUGUUCCAGAUUCAUUACAAUAUUGUAGAAGUUUACAAACCCUUGAUCUUUCUGGUAAUAGACUUUCUGGUCCAAUACCUUUUGAUAUUUGCACUUGGCUACCUUUCUUGGUAACUCUUGAUUUGUCAAAUAAUGAAUUUAGUGGUACUAUUCCAGCUGAUCUUGUUAAGUGCUCUUAUUUGAAUAGAUUAAUGCUUAAUGAGAAUAAGCUUAAUGGGAAUAUACCCUCUCAGUUUUCUAGUUUGGGUAGGCUGAAGAUAUUUUCUGUGGCAAAUAAUGAUCUUAAAGGGAGGAUUCCGCAAGCUUUCGAAUCAGGGGGUUCGUUUGAUUUUAGUGGAAAUGAUGGACUUUGUGGUGGACCAUUAGGGAAAUGUGGAGGACUUAGUAAGAAAAAUUUAGCUAUUAUUAUUGCUGCAGGUGUGUUUGGUGCUGCUGCUUCUAUGUUGUUGGGUUUUGGGGCUUGGUAUUGGUAUUUUACGAAGGCGGGGAGAAGGAGUAAGACGGGGUAUGGGUUAGGGAGAGUUGACUCGGAAAGGUGGACGGAUAAGUUGAGGGGUUAUAGGCUUACUCAGGUUACGUUGUUUAAGAAACCGCUUGUGAAGGUUAAGUUGGCGGAUUUGUUGGCUGCCACGAAUAAUUUUGGUAUGGAGAGUGUGAUAAACUCGACUAGGACGGGGACUACGUUUAGAGCUGUUUUACGUGAUGGUUCUACGCUUGCUAUUAAACGGCUUAAAACAUGUAAGCUGAGUGAGAAGUUGUUUCGGGUGGAGAUGAAUGCGUUAGGACAAGUUAGGCAUCCUAAUUUGGUGCCGCUUUUGGGGUUUUGUGUUGUUGAGGAGGAAAAGCUUUUGGUUUAUAAGCACUUGUCGAAUGGUACUUUGUAUUCGUUCUUGAAUGGGUAUGCGAGUGUGUUGGAUUGGCCUACUAGGUUUAGGAUUGGCUUGGGUGCUGCAAGGGGUCUUGCUUGGCUUCAUCAUGGUUGCCAACCGCCAAUAUUGCACCAAAACAUAUGUUCGAACGUUAUUUUCCUUGAUGAGGACUUUGAUGCUAGAAUUAUGGAUUUUGGGUUGGCAAGGCUGGUGACACCUCCAGAUGCAAAAGAGACUAAUUUUGUGAACGGGGAGUUGGGGGAAUUUGGCUAUGUUGCUCCCGAGUACUCAAGGACAAUGGUGCCUUCACUGAAAGGGGAUGCUUACAGCUUUGGAGUUGUGCUUUUGGAGUUGGCCACUGGGCAAAGACCUCUAGAAGUCACUGUUGCUGAUGAAGGUUUUAAGGGAAAUUUGGUAGACUGGGUAAAUCAGCUUUCUGUUUCUGGUCGGAUUAAAGAAGCAAUUGAUAAGCACAUAUGUGGGAAGCGCCAUGAUGAAGAGAUCGUGCAAUUCCUCAAAAUUGCGUGCAAUUGUGUAAUUUCUCGGCCCAAGGAGAGGUGGUCUAUGUAUCAGGUAUAUGAAGCACUGAAGAGCAUGGGUGAGAAACAAGGUUUCUCUGAACAGUAUGAUGAGUUUCCCUUACUAUUUAACAAACAAGAGACCAGCAGUCCAAUUUGAUGCAUGAAUGGAAAAGCAUUACGAGAUGUUCACAUCUGGUGAACACAAAUGCAUCUUAUGGUAAGUUCUUCACUUCCUUAUGCAAGUGGAAUCAGGCACAAUACAUAUGGUUCUGGGAAGUGCUACCACAAAUAUUGCUGUAUUAUACUCUGAAAUGUCAAAUCAUUCUAAAGUAUUCUGCUCGAAGUUUAUCGUACAGUUAGCAAGUGUUUAUUACUAUCUUAGGUUUUGUUUUCCCUUCUGCUCAUACUUAUCCAUUAAACAAGACACUGCAAAACCAGUCACAUAGUUUCUUGAAAUCUGUAAUACUACUAAUUUAGCUCUUUGUAACUGACCUGGGCAUUGGCCUUUUUAGGGUCGAGAUAUAUUCAGUGCUCCCUUACCAUCA